AUGACCGAAGAUAAGGAAAAGUCGUCCGUCGAAGGACAUCGCGUCUCUACCCAUGAGGAGGGCGUCAACAUGCCCCCGGACCCGGAUGCUCACCGGACCGAUGAAGAGAAGGCAGAAAUUGACCGUAAACUUGUUCGCCGUCUCGAUUUGAUGCUCAUCCCAUGGCUAUGCCUACUCUAUCUUCUUGCCUUCUUGGAUCGCACAAACAUCGGCAAUGCUAAGAUCGCCGGUGUUCAAGAUGAUCUGCACUUGACCAAUGGCCAAUACAGCGCUUCUCUCAGCAUUUUCUUCGUCUCAUAUGCCGUGUUUGAGCCGGUGACGAAUAUUAUGCUGAAGAAGUACCGCCCUUCCAUCUUCAUUCCCAUCAUCAUGGUUCUCUGGGGUGCUAGCAUGUUAGGCAUGGGUUUCUGUUUCAACUGGGAUGGUCUGAUGGCAGCCAGAUGGUUUCUCGGCCUCACCGAAGCAGGCCUCUUCCCCGGCGUCAACUACUACCUGUCAUGUUGGUACAAGCGCUCCGAGUUUGGCAUCCGUGCCGCUAUUUUCUUCUCUGCCGCCGCCCUCUCGGGUUCCUUCGGCGGUUUGCUCGCCGCCGCCAUCGAGAACAUGGACGGCAUCGGCAACCGGCCCGGCUGGGCCUGGAUCUUCAUCAUCGAGGGUUUGAUUACAGUCAUAAUCGGCUUCAUCUCCUUCUGGAUGGUGCACGACUUUCCCGACGAAGCCAAGUUUCUGUCCGAAGACGACCGCGCCCGCGUUGUGCGCCGCUUAAAACUCGACCAGCAGGCCUCGGCCGAGCAUGAGACCUUCCAGAUGUCGUACCUCUACCAGUCCCUGCGCGACUGGAAGAUGUGGUUGGGCAUGGCCAUCUACAUGGGCUGCGACAUGCCGCUGUACGCCUUCUCGCUGUUUCUUCCAGCCAUCAUUAAGGGUCUCGGCUGGAACACGUCGACAGUCCGAUCACAACUCAUGUCGGUCCCGCCCUACGCCGCCGCCGCCAUUUUUACCGUGGUAAUCGGCUACGUCGCCGACCGCACCCGCAAGCGCGGCCUCUGCAACAUCGUCGUCUCCGCCAUCGGCGUCGUCGGCUUCGCCAUGUUGUUGGGGUCAAACUCCCCCGCAGUCCAGUACGUAGGCGUCUUCUUCGGCGCCCUGGGUAUCUACCCCUGCAUAGCCAACACCAUCACCUGGAUGGCCAACAACAUCGAGGGCGUAUACAAGCGCGGCGUGGUGCUCGGGUUUGUCAUUGGAUGGGGUAACUUGAGCGGUGUCAUCAGCAGCAAUAUCUAUACGAACCAUAAAACCGGGCAUGGCAUCGUCAUGGGGUUCAUGGCCGUUUUCUUGUUUGGCGGGUCGAUACUCAUGACGGUCCUGCUCAGAAAGGAGAACGGGAAGAGGCUGCGGGGCGAGAGGGAUCAUCUUGUUGAGGGAUUGAAUGAGAAGCAGAUUGAGAAGUUGGGCGAUAUGAGGCCUGAUUUUUAUUAUACUACUUGA